UAAGAAGUACUGUUAAAGUGCAACAAGAAGAACAUGCCACUCAAAUCAAUCACCGAGGUGGUGUGGAAAGAGGUUCAACAAAUGUGGAUGCAUACUCUUCGCACCUUCUCUUCUCACCAUAACCUCUUCUCGUUGUAAUCAUGUCUAGCCGCACUUUCUACGAUCAAGUUUUAGCCCUUACCGGUAAGGGAACACCAAAUUACUCGUUAUAUGCUGUCCCAAUUGCGCUUGCUUUGUGUUUGUUACCUCACAUCUUUGCAAUCGUUGUUUUGAGCGGUGGUAAAUUUGAAAAUACAAGUCCACGUCAAUACGUUGCAAGUGUCAACAAGAAAGAAAAGAAGACUGGCACAGAUGCUGCUUUCUUGCGUGCUGAAGCCGCUCAACAAAAUGGAUUAGAACAACUCGGUUUCUUCGCUGCUGCCGUUGUAGCCGGCAAUAUCGCCAAAUUGCCAGCUGAAGAAUUGAACGCUUUAGCAUUCGGCUACUGUGCAAGCCGUGUUGCAUUCAACAUCGUUUACAUCACAAACACAAGCGAAGUUUUGUCUUAUUUGCGUUCUGCCGUCUUUUUCGUUGGUGUCGGACUCACAACUCGUUUGUACUUCCGUGCUGCUCAAGUUUUGGCAUAAGAAGAAAGAAAGGAGGGAAAUAAAGUGUAGAUAAAAAAUUGCAUAUUGCUAUAAUGAAUGCUAUCUAUUGCU